GAUAAAAAUCAUACUUUAAAACAAGCUAUCAGAAAGAGCUGAGUAAUUUGGCUCUACAGUUGUGAGGUGCCUAUGGCUUCGUCUCUUUCAUUUCCGAUCCUCAUUCCGUUCGCAAUGGAAUCCCCGUCGUGUGUGACGGUGCCGCAUAUGGCAUUUUCCAAACCUCCGAAGCACCACCGUCCUUUGGUCAGAGGUCGAGUCAGAGUUAGACCGGUAAAUCGCCGCCUCAACUCCGCUACGCUGUUCCGGUGCUCUUCCGCCGCGGACGACGCUGUCAUCACCCUUCACGUUGGGGGAAUGAUGUGCGAAGGAUGCGCUAAUAGCGUCAAAAAGCUUUUAGAAAGCCGACCUCAAGUGCUGUCUGCUCGGGUAAAUUUGGCAUCAGAGAUAGCAAUUGUUUCGCCUGCACCUGAAGAAAAACCGGCACCAAAUUAUCUAAAGCAAUUAGGGGAGGAACUUGCACAGCAUUUAACUACCUGUGGUUUUACAUCUACCCUUCAAGGAAAAUUGGCUUGUCUUUCGUUAAAAUUGGACACGAUUAUUCCACGCUUUGAAUAUACACUUGAUGGGUCUUCAAAGGUUUCAACUUUGUUGCACUACUCAAAGUAUAAGGAAGACAUGCACCAAAGGUUCCCAUCACUAAUAGUUGUAGCAAGCAAUAUUUUGAUGUUCUCUAUGCCUAAUACAGCUUUGGCUGAAACUUGUGAGGCUGAUAACUCUUUUUUCAAUAUGCCUAUAUUGCUAGCGGUAGCCCUCAUUGGAGCCACAGUUGGAGGGUUGCUUGCUCGGCAAAGAAGAAACGAAUUACAACGGGUAAACGAGCAAUUAAUCCAAAUCAAUGCAGCAUUAAGGAAGCAAGCCAAAAUCGAGUCUUAUGCUCCUAGCUUGAGUUAUGCUCCCAUUGGUGGUGGUAGGAUACCUGAUAAUGAAAUUAUUGUUGACCCAAAGAAGCAAGAACUAAUUUCUAAGUUGAAAAAUGGAAAGAACUUUCUAAGGAAUCAACAGUUGGAUAAAGCAUUCAUAGAGUUUAAGAAUGCACUUGAGCUUGCCCAGAAUCUAAAGGAUCCUAUCGAAGAAAAAAAGGCUGCCAGAGGUCUAGGAGCCUCAUUGCAGAGACAGGGAAAAUAUCGAGAUGCUAUAAAAUAUCAUUCCAUGGUUUUGGCCAUCUCUGAACGAGAAGGGGAGGACUCAGGCAAUACAGAGGCGUUUGGGGCAAUUGCUGAUUGUUACACUGAGCUUGGAGAGCUUGAGAAAGCAGGCCAAUUCUAUGACAAAUAUAUUGCAAGACUAGAAAAGGACUAACAUGACAUGUUUCAUGUGGAUUUUCUUUUUUCUUUCUAAUCCACCCUAUUUGAAGUGAUUAUUUUUUUGAUCGAAAAUGCUUAAAUGGACUUUUUGAGGCUUCGGUAAAAAGGAUACAUCAUGUUUCCGAGAUUGAAAUAUUAGUCCUUAAGUGGCAGAUAAAGAAGAUAGCAACUGAAGCAGUUAUUUCUUCAGAUACAAAUGCAGAAGAGUGGUACAUGGACUCAAUGAUGUCUCUUUUAACAAACUAGGCUUUUAUCAAAUCUUAUAUCCUCGGUUCUCAGAUAUACAAGACAGGUUUAUAAUAAGUACGUAUGUUACCUUAUUGUCAAUAGCGAUUAUGCCCUGUAUGUGGUAGAUUUGUCAAUGCACAAAUCUAUAAUUAGUAAUCCUGUAGUUAUCCAGAAUUUCACUUUAUGCUAUGUUGUUUGGGAUUUGUGUA